AACUCUAGCGAAUCGCGGUCGCGAGUUUCUCGGCGCUGCCGCUCGCGCGAGAGAGGGCGGCAGUAUCGUUUCAAACGUCGGUCCGUGCGGUCGCUUUUGCGGCGUAGUCUGUGAUUUUUUUUAGUGUAGCUGCAGAUAAUCCAAGUUAAUCUACAAUGGCGGACCAGCUGACGGAGGAGCAGAUCGCGGAGUUCAAGGAGGCAUUCUCUCUGUUCGACAAGGAUGGCGACGGCACCAUCACCACCAAGGAGCUGGGCACCGUGAUGCGCUCGCUCGGCCAGAACCCCACCGAGGCCGAGCUGCAGGACAUGAUCAACGAGGUUGACGCCGACGGUAACGGCACGAUAGACUUCCCCGAGUUCCUGACGAUGAUGGCGCGCAAGAUGAAGGACACGGACAGCGAGGAGGAGAUCCGCGAGGCGUUCCGUGUGUUCGACAAGGACGGCAACGGGUUUAUCUCGGCCGCCGAGCUGCGCCACGUGAUGACCAACCUCGGCGAGAAGCUCACCGACGAGGAGGUGGACGAGAUGAUCCGCGAGGCCGACAUCGACGGCGACGGCCAGGUCAAUUACGAGGAAUUCGUGACCAUGAUGACGUCGAAGUGAGCCGCCGACUAGUGUGUGUGUAAAAAGCAGAGAAUUUAAAUAUACAUUUUGUUUCAUGACACACAAUAUUACCAUCGUAUUGGACCUGCAUUUCUCUAGUGUUUGCGAUAAAUUAAAAUAAUUGUCAUCGUUUCAGUUCACUAUAAGUGUGACGUGGCGGCGAGCUCGCCUCCGCCGCGCCUGUUUAUUUAGAUUUAAAGUAUUCCGUUAAUUUUACUAUGUAAGAAAAAAUUUAACUGUAGCGGUACAAAGGGAACGAAUAGGUGUGCGUCGCAAUGUGAUGGUAAGUCUCGGGUUAGUGUCGGCUCAUAAUUUAUAUUUGUGUAUAUUCCCGGCGCGGCGCCGGCUGUAUAAUUAUGUAUGUGUGCGUGCGUGCCUCUGUUUGCGUCGCGCCCUAGUAUAUGCGGUGCUAGCGUCCGCACCUUUCCGAUACAUUUUAAUGUAAAUUUUUUUCAAGUAUGAGAUAUUUAUAAAGUACGUGAAGAUAAAAUUUAAAAAAUCCCAAAAAAAUAUAUAGUGUGCCCGUGUAACGCGGUGUGAGCCAGUACAAGAGCGCGGCCGCGGCGCGCGGAGCGGCUCGUCAUGGCCUGCGUGCCGAGUGCCGCGUGCCCAUGGCCUGCGUGCCGAGUGCCGCUUGCCCAUGGCCUGCGUGCCGAGUGCCGCGUGCCCAUGGCCUGCGUGCCGAGUGCCGCGUGCCCAUGGCCUGCGUGCCGAGUGCCGCGUGCCCAUGGCCUGCGUGCCGAGUGCCGCGUGCCCACGGCCUGCGAGCCGAGUGCCACGUGCCGAGCCGAGCACGGGCCGCGCCGGGCCCAACGGCCGCACGACGCUGGCCUCCCACUCCGUGUACAUUAUGAUCAUAUUAAAUGUUUAAAUUUAACUAACUCAGUAAACGAAUAAAUUAGAUUAUUGGUACUGCAUUAACUGUAUCUAUAAAGACUCGAUAAAUAUUAUAUUUCUAUUGUUGGUGAAACUAAUUCUAUCGAAUGGAAAGUGCUCCGCUCUGUUAUCUCUUACCACAUUGAUUCAUUCUGUUAUUAAAUUUUACAAAAAGACAUACUGAAAAUAAAUGUUUCUUCAUUUUUAGGUCAAUAAU